GAAUCCAGCAAUCAAAAUUCUACAACUUCAUGUGUAAUCACAUACAUUAAUCUUUAAUUACCAUUCCUUGUAAUAAUACAUCAAGAUGGAAAUCAGUUCAGCUAUGGAAGAGGCCGAAAGAUACCUCAAACAGAGCCAAGGUUGGGCGCCAGUACAUAUUGGUAAAGACUGGGUUGCUGUCAAACGUCUGGGUGGUGGUUCUUAUGGCAUAGCUACUCUGUUUGAAUAUCGGGGGUCUAAUAAGGAUGUAUCGCCGCGGAAAAUAGUGGUUAAACAGGAAGGAGGCGCAGGUUUGAAUCUGAAACAGGAGAGUAGGAUGAUACAAAGUCUUAUGAAGUACGAGAGUGACCAUAUCAUCAAGAUUUAUAGGGCUUAUCAUCGGACUAUGGGCAUGGGGACAAACGACGCUAUGGACCGGGCCAUUGUAACUAUUUCCAAGUGGCAGGAUAAUGUCAGGAAGCGCGACACCGAUAUCCAGCAACAACUCAAGAAAAGAUAUGAUGUCGCAAGGAUUUAUCUAGAAUUUGCAUCUGGAGGAGACCUAUGGAGUUGGAUGAACGAAAACUGCUUAGAACUGGACCCCCCAGAGGAAUUUGUUUUUAGAAUAUGGGAAUGUUUGUUGAAGGCACUGAUGGUUUUGAAAUAUGGCACAGAGAACCCACAUGAUUCACUCUUUGAUAAAGAGCCAUGGAAAACUCACCAUCAAGAAAUUGCGCAUUUUGAUAUCAAGGGACCAAAUAUCUUAAUUGGCGAUAAUCCUCGACCGGGCCAUGAACGUGUUCCAGUUCACAAGCUUGCUGACUUCGGGCUUGCACUUGAAGUUCCUGACGCUGAUGAAUUGAAAAAGAAUAGUGCUAAACGGCGAGAAUGGCUCAAGAUAGCUCAAGGACGCAAUAGCUAUUUCGCACCUGAACAAUAUCUGGUGACCAAUCCAAACCGCAUAAUAGGUACCGCAACCGACAUGUGGAAUGUUGGUAACGUUAUCUACCAAUGCUUAGCAAGUUGUCAUCCUGUCCCCUACAAUGAAUACUUCGAGACAAGACUCGAACCCGAUCCCUCCGAGACAAUCCUAACCAUGGGCAAACUUCUCUUGGAUCCCGACCGAGACAUGUAUAGUAAAAGAUUGAGGGGAUUGAUUUUAAGGUCUCUAGCAUACAACCCUAGAGAUCGUUUGGAUGUAAGGGAAUUACUAUUAACUGUACAAGAAACUCUGGAAUUUUGGAAUUUUGGCGAAAAUCAUGAUUUGUUUUUGGAAAAUGUUUUUGGAGGUGAUGAUAUGUGGUAUGAAAAAUUCCCCGAUGCCAUUCGAAAAAGGAAAUACGAAGAAAUGCAGAUAGCAAGGUUACAGAAGAGAUACAUGCUACGCAAACCAGACUACAGUAAUCCAAAGUCGUGGAAACUGGAAGAAGAUGAGUAUGAUUACGAUGAUUACGAGCUUUUGUUUCCGACCCGCAAAGCGGUUCAAAUGGGGUAUAGAGAAAUGCCGUUCGAAUUAGGAGAACCGGUACUCAACCCGAUAUUCCCUCCUAAGCAGAGAAUAGAGCGCCAGGUCGGACCAGAUGGAUGGAUAGUAAAUCCUCGCAGGCGAGAUGCUGAUGAUCCAGAGGAUGAUCCGGAAGAUGAUCCGGAAGAUCCUCAAGGAGAUCAACCCGCCUAUAAUAGGGGAAAAGGAAAAGGAAGACCAAAACUUCAAAAGACCUUGAUCAUCAAGCAAAGCAGAAAAAGAUUGCGCCCACGCGAAUCUUCAGAGCCUCGGCCCUGGAUAAAUACUCCGUUUGUUGAUGUCCCCGCAAGAGAACUAGCCCCAAGAGGACGAGCCCCAAGAGGACGAGGAGCCCCAAGAGGACGAGGAGUCAUAAGAAGACGAGCUCGAAAAAUCGUCCAAGCCCCACGUAAACAACCAGCUCUUAUACCGCCGGCUCGUGUAUCGCCAGCCCGCGAAGUAAAGAGACAACGAAUAGCAGAAGACCUCAACUCUCCGCAAUUUUAUGGAAAGGAAUAUAAAAUGAGUAGUGCGGGGAAUUUGAUGGUUCGGCGUGCGGGACCUUCGCCUGGAUCGGGAGAAUUGGAGGUGGAGAGGAGCACGCCGUGGGCUUUGAAUCCACCGAGCCCAGAAAGUCCUGAUAGAAGUGUACGAGAUGACUAUGAUAUCGAUGAUGAUGGCUAUUAUGAUUAGGAUUGAGAUGUGGGAUGGAUUUCAAGAUUGUGGACCGAAGUUGCUCGAUUACUUUAGGUGGCACAUCAUGAAAGGAGGGACAAAUUGCUCGUUGUGCUCGAGGGCUUAUGCGUGAAUGGCUAGAGUUCA